AGUUAAAAUCAAAUUUAACUGUGAUUUUAAAAAGGUAUGAGAAAAAAAUUCAAAUUUAUGCUUCAAAUAUGAACAAAAAAUUUAAAUAACAAAAUAAAAAAUUUUAAUAAAAAAAAAUAACAAGAGUCGAAUUGGUAGAAUGUAAAAAAAAAAUUCAAAUGUAAAUAGUUUUUAAUCAUAGAAAAUAGUAUAAUAGAUUUUGAAAUAAACAAUUAGCAAUAUGACUAACAGUGCUCAAAUAGAUCCAGAAAUAGAUAUUAGACUUUUAACGACGUGGUAUGAUACAACUGAUGCCAGCGUUACAUCAUAUUAUAAUGAGACAUCUUGGCCAAUUUUUAGAGAUUCAAGUUUAGAGGAUGAUGGUGGCGGGGUAGAUGACAGUAAUAAUAUUGGUUUCGAAUAUGAGGAUGAACCUAUACCAGUAUCGCUUUCAUCGAUCUUAAUUGUCGGUGUCUUCCUGUCUUUAUUAAUUUUUUUAUCUGUAGCUGGUAAUAUUUUAGUCUGCCUUGCUAUUUAUACAGAACGAAGUUUAAGGCGAAUAGGAAAUUUAUUUUUGGCCUCAUUAGCCAUCGCGGAUUUAUUUGUUGCUUCAUUAGUAAUGACAUUUGCUGGCGUAAAUGAUUUAUUAGGUUAUUGGGUAUUCGGUGCUCAGUUUUGUGAUACAUGGGUAGCAUUUGAUGUGAUGUGUUCAACUGCCUCUAUUUUAAAUUUGUGUGCAAUAUCAAUGGAUCGAUAUAUUCACAUAAAAGAUCCUUUAAGAUAUGGAAGGUGGGUGACUCGGCGUAUAGCAAUUGGAACAAUAGUAGCAAUUUGGCUAUUAGCAGCAUUAGUAUCAUUUGUGCCAAUAUCAUUAGGACUUCAUCGGCCCCAACAACCGCUUAUUAUUGAGGAUUAUACAGGGAAAACUCAUCAAACAUGUGCACUAGAUUUAACGCCAACAUAUGCUGUAGUUUCAAGUUGUAUUAGUUUUUAUGUUCCUUGUAUAGUCAUGGUGGGGAUUUAUUGUAGACUCUAUUGUUAUGCUCAAAAGCAUGUCAAAUCAAUUCGAGCAAUUACAAAGACUGCUGAUAUAACUGUAAAACCACGUUAUAAAAGCAUACGUCGAACAAAAAGUAAAAAGAAAACAAAAAUGCGACAAUUACAACAUUCAUCACCCUAUCAUGUGUCCGAUCAUAAGGCAGCAAUAACAGUAGGCGUUAUUAUGGGUGUAUUUCUUAUAUGUUGGGUACCAUUCUUUUGUGUUAAUAUUGUUGCAGCAUUUUGUAAAACAUGUAUAGGUGGUCAAACUUUUAAAAUUUUAUCAUGGUUGGGAUAUUCAAAUUCAGCAUUUAAUCCAAUUAUUUAUUCAAUAUUUAAUAAAGAAUUUCGUGAUGCAUUUAAAAGAAUUUUAACAACAAAAAAUACAUUAUGCUGUACACAAGAACUUGGUAAUAUUCAUCCAAGAAAUAGUGAUAGAUUUGUAACAGAUUAUGCUGCAAAAAAUGUUGUUAUAAAUUCUGGAAGAUCAUCAGCUGAUUUAGAACAAGUAUCUGCAAUUUGA